AUGAGCAAAAAGUUCAAGUCGCAAGCUUCGAGCAGUCGUGCUGCAGCCAGCACAUUUGGAUCCUUUGGUGGAUUUUCAUCUACAUCCGGUGCAGGAAGAGAGCCGUCUUCCUUAACAUAUGUGGCCGAACCGCCGGAUCUUUCGCGGAUAUCGGAGCCGCAACUGGCGAUUGCAUUCAAGAACUUUUUGAAGAAAGAUGAAGUCACAAGAACAAAGUCGUUAGAUGACUUGAACGACUACAUUUCCUCUGUGGAAGCGCGCAGUGGGACACUGGAUGAUGGUUUCCUAGAGGCAUGGAUCAAAAUCUACCCACGGGCAUCGAUUGACCUUUCUCGUAGAGCGAGACAACUAUCCCAUACAAUCCAGGGCACCGUGGCCUCUCUUGUGGGGAAGCGGAUUGCUCGCUAUUUACCCAAGGUGAUUGGGGCAUGGAUCGCAGGGCUUUAUGACAAUGAUAGACCAGUUCAGCGAUCUGCUGUAGAGUCAUUCACGCGGGUAUUCACGACUGAUGAGAAGAGAAUUGGUGUAUGGAAGAUCUAUCAAAGCUCGAUCCUUGAGUUUGUAGACGAUGUCAUUCUCCAACAGACUCCUCAGACGUUGAGUGAUGAGCGGACCGUGAAAUCGGACGAUGCUCAAGCAAAAUAUGCUCGCGUGGCUGCAACAGCAAUCUUGUUAUUAAACCGCAUCAUAGGGAACACACCACGCGAAGAACUUGAAAAAGAUCUUCCUGCAAUUGAAAUCUUGCUCAGUAGCAAGUCAUUGUGGUCAUUGUGCUCUAACGAAGACGCAUUUGUUCGUCGCUCUCUUUAUGCUCUUCUUCGGUCAGCUGUUGCGAGAAUUCCUGAAGAACUUGACUGGAAAAUCAUAAGUACGGCCCUUAUUGGGAAAUCCUUGUCUAUAGCGCAAGUGGGAGCUUCAACAGAGUUGUCCGAAUCGUUGCUACAAUCAACAUCCGCAAGAUCUCAGUUAUGGACAGAAGAUUACGCCGGGAAGACUUCACCCACAAAAAGGUUACUUCAGUACAUCCAGAAGGGAUCUCAGAGUGGGCAAAGCUCUUUUUGGCCGAACCUUUAUCAUUUACUGCAAGCCGUCCCGUUGAAGACACUUGCGGAUAUCCGCCCAGAGACUACUACUGAGAACGGUAUCGGGUUAUCAAGUGCCAUUGCCCUGUUGGAAGCAUUCCAGGAGGGGUUGAAUUCCAGAGAAGAGCCUCGACAGAACCAAGCAGCAGGGUGGAAAUCGUAUAUCAACACGGGAAUAUGGCUGGCGAAGAUCAUCCCAGAAGCCGAAAGAACAAAACUUGUUCAAGAAAGGCUGUCUCCAAUACUGGUGCAACAUGUACAAGCUGAUCCAAACCAAUCUCGAUGGUCAUUACCUUCUCAAAUGGCCCAAUCCGUUUGUGCCGAUUACAUUGUUACCUUGACCAAGGACGGUUAUGAAAAUGAAUUGCACCUUUUGUGGACGGGUCUAUCAGACAGCCUGCUUGAAUCGGUCAAAUUGUCUUCUCCGGAGCAGUCAAAGGAUUUCCAAGCAUCGCAAGACGCGAUUUGCACCCAAGCCCAGCGUCUUCUUGGCUUGGAAUCUGCAACACUCAUGCGGGUAUCAGCCACAAAAUACGAAACCGGAGUUUCUAAGGUCUUCGAAACCACUAAUUUGCCACUUCUUGACAGUUGCUUGCAUGUCUUCCGGACUCGGAAUGGCAAGCCGUAUGGAGCAGCUGCGGUUGUUGAAGAAUCAGUCCGACAUAUCCCCCAGAUUGCUCGGCAGUCAAAAGAACUCUUGAAGUUUGUCCAAGAUGAUGCACCGGAGCUAUUGUUCUCGCCCUCUGCGGAUCGCAUAAUUACCAUUAUUUUGUCUUGUCGCUCUUGGCAUGGAUAUGGCUCUAGUUUCGAGAAAAUUAUCGAGCAAGUGAUCCAGCUCGAGCCCGAGCAGUCGAAUGCACUUGUUCUCCAGAGGCUGUUAGCGACUCUUGACUUCAAGGAUAUUGGUGAUAAGUCUGGAUUGAACUUGUUGAUUAUGCGGGCACUAGACAGAGCUUGCAAGGGCAGUGGUUUUCACUGGCCAAUUGUCAUCGCGGUUCUUCAGAAUCCCACUUCGCAUGGCGAAUUGACGGACUCUAUUUUCUUGUCCAUCAUUGAUUCAUUGUCCGCUGAAGACAGAGUGGUUGAUACCUUGGACGGGCUCUCCCAGAUUGCAAUGUCUGUCCCAGCUGCCAUAGUAAAAUUUCAGAGUGGAGCCAAUGGCUCCAAACUGGCUGGCAAGCUUCUUUUCCUUUCGGAAUCUGGUGACGAAGAGGUAGGAGACCUUGCUGAGUCUCUGACCAACACAUUGAAGGAGACUGUGAUGGGUGAGACAAGUAACAAGUCAAAUAUCGAAAUCCUCCAACACAAUUUCGAUCACGUUAACGAAGAAUCACUUUCGAUCGAGUCCUUGCUGAGCAUCGCGGAGGAAUUGCUGCAGAACCUCACACCCGAGGAAGCAAAUCAGACGACAAAGAGCGUACUUCCUUCAGCUCAAUCCUGGGAGAAGGCUUUGGAACCGUUCCUUCAGCUGCCGCCUCGGUCCUCGACUGCUAUAACAAAUCCCAUUGGGGGUACAAUACAUCUCAUCGAUCGUGAGCUACCCGAGUCGUUCUGGGAACAGUAUAACAGUAUCUCGCGUGAUGCCAGUCACUGUUCUGCUGCAUUCCGUCUAUCCUAUUUUACAACCAAGAUUUUGUCUUCGUUUGCAGUCACGGAGCAUCUCGGCGCGAAAGAGUUUGAGGUCUUGUUCUACAACUUACCCUUGGCUAUACAGCUUGUUGAAGACGACUUGAACAUUGAGAAAUGCAACGGCAUAACUGGAAUUCAACUAGCAGAGCAACGAGAGGAAUACUUGGAAAUUGUGAAAGAGGGCAGGGAAGUCAUCUACGAGUGGAUACAGUCGAACACUCAGAUCGGUGAUGAAACAGUCUCAUCCAGAGUAAUCACAUCCUGGAUAAGCAAAUUGGAGAAGCUUGACAGUAGUUCACCAGUGAACUACCGGAUCGGCGAGGCAUUUGUGAAGGUCAUGGCCGGCGCGGACUCGUCGAAGACAAACAAAUGGCCGGAAGAUGUCACUCAACUAUGCAGGGACACGCGGACUGCAAAUGCCAUUCGCUCUGCCGCCUGGAUGGGAGUUCUACGGCAAGCUGUGGUAUCAAACCCUGCCGGAACACGACUGUGCAAUGAGCUCGUUGCCGAUUCUACAGGACUCAAAGUUGAAGAUGAGCGGAAGGAUGGUCUUCGAAAAUUGGUAUUGCUUAAUCUUCUCUUUGCAGAGGGACAAAGCGUGGCUUCAUCUAUCCCAACUCAGCGAUUGGUCUUCCUGGUCAAGCAUCUUAUGUCAUGCCUCCAGUCCGAGAUCAAGUCCCAAGGACUCAAAGCGGAGAUCAUGCGUACUUUGACUUUCGUGCUUCCUUGUCUAAGCGAAAUUUAUGGUUCGCACUGGGAAGAUAGUAUGGAGAUCUUAAGCUCGACCUGGCGAGAAACAGGCGGCGGCGAUGAGAGUCUACCGGUGCUGAAGACUUCGUACAGACUCUUUGCAUGUUUGAAAUUGAUAGUGGAUAACGAGGAGAGCAAUGACGAUGUCAAGGAUGCUUGGUCUGAUCGCAAGACGACUCUUUUCAAUAACUUAACAUCGACCCUCAGGAAGUUCGACUCCUCAACCACCUUCCAUAAACCUCGUGAUGUGACCGUCGAGCUUCUGUGCAGUUUGCUCAACACUAUUCCAAUCAAGAGCUUGGAACAUGUAAACAAGAUAUUCCCUCUUCUGACUGCCCAAAGCCGGACCGUCCAGCGUGCUGCUUAUAUUGUGCUUCAUCGGUACAUUCCGGAGGUUCAAGAGCAGGUGUCGUUUGAUGUCGCCUUGUCCAAGUCCACCGCGAGACUUCCCCUUGAGCUACUGUCUUUGCUCUUGGAAGCCCCGACAAUGGAAUCGAUCAAUAAUUCCGAUGGGGAGGACAAGAUGUGGACUGGCAUUCGGUCAUAUCUACUCAGCUGGAAGGUGGUGUUUGACCACUUCACCAACGCGUCCUUUGCUCUGCAAGAAAAUUACGUCACAAACAUCAAGGAAAAUGACAGUUUGAUCCCGUUGCUGGAAUUCAUCUUCGACUUCCUUCAGAAAUCACAUGGAAAGAUUGUCGAUGCUUCCAAAUUCGACAUUCGCACUUUCGAACCUGACCAGGCGGAGACUGCGGAGAAAGAAACACAGUGGCUUCUCAUCCACCUGUACUUCUUGUGCUUGAGGCACUUGGCCAACAUGACCAAGAACUGGUGGAUCGAUGCUAAGAAGCGCAUCAAGGGACCAGUGGAAGCCUGGACAGAGAAAUACAUCUCUCCCUUGAUUAUUGAAGACUCUCUUCGCGGUGUCUCGGACUGGGUUUCAACACAGGAUCCCAACGAAGAACGGGCACUGGCUGUCAAGAUCUCCCCCAAGACAGCGGAGAUCAUCGCAAGCAUCGAAGUCGAUGAAGAAUCACCACCUGUCGCUAUCUCCCUCUCUCUACCUCCCGCCUAUCCUCUUCAGCCUGCCCUAGUCGUCAGCCGGAGUCGCGUCCUGGUCGAUGAGAGAAAGUGGAAGAGCUGGCUGCUCACAAUCCAAGGAGUCAUCAUGUUUGCCAAUGGCAACCUUGAAGAUGGAUUGAUGGCAUUCCGACGCAACGUACAGGGAGCGCUUAAGGGACAGAGCGAGUGCGCGAUCUGUUACUCGGUCAUCUCGACGGACAUGCAGACCCCGAACAAGCGGUGCGCUACUUGUAAGAACACCUUCCACUCUGUUUGCUUGUUCCGGUGGUUCAAGAGCAGCAACCAAAGUACUUGUCCGCUGUGUCGGAACAACUUUGUUUAUGUAUAA